GAUGUCCCUUGGUGCUUACUGUGUCAUCUGUUGCAGAAGAAUAGGAACCUCUGCUCCCCGUUUAAGAAGUCACAUGCCCUGGAGAAAUAGCCAAAAUAUCCCAAGUGUGGAACAUUCGCGUACACUGUGAAGAGAUGUCUCUGCCAAGGCACCUUCUGACUAAUAAAGAGCUGAAUGGCCAAUAGCUAGGGACUUCCGGGGAGAGAGAGGAAGAGGAAAAGGAGUCUGGGCACACGGAAAUGCCAGGGAGACACCGAAGAGGUCAGACAUACUGUGUAGAGUAUAAGUGACUGAGCCACAUGGCAGAAGGGAAUAUAAUAAGACUCACUGGAUCCCUCAUUUUAGGGGGUUCUUUAUUUCUUACAUACGAAGUUCUGGCCCUGAAGAAGUCUGUAACAUUAGACACUCAGGUGGUAGAAAGAGAGAAAAUGAAGUCUUACAUCUAUGUGCACACAGUCCCUGCAGACAAGGUAGAAAGUCACGGGCUUGCUUGGCAGGCAAGAAAAGAACUUCACAAAGCAGUAAGGAAAAUGUUGGCAGCAUCAGCCAGGGUACUGCGAAGCCCCUUUUCUGACUCUUUCAGCACGGUUGACAUAGAAGACCAUGACUGUGCAGUGUGGCUGCUUUUAAGGAAGAGCCGGGAGGAUACUAAAGCUUCGAGGCUGGAGGCUGUGCGGGAAAUGUCAGAGGCCCACCACUGGCACGACUACCAGUACAGGAUAAUUGCUCAAGCCUGUGACCCAAGGACCCUUAUUGGUUUGGCACGAAGCAAAGAAAGUGACCGUCGCUUUUUUCUCCCACCCCCUCCUUUGCCAUCUUUAAAAGAAGAUUCCUCCACUGAAGAGGAACUCAGGCGUUUGCUGGCUUCUCUACCUCAGACUGAGCUCGAUGAGUGUCUCCAGUAUUUUACAUCCUUGGCUCUCAGUGAGAGCAGCCAAAGCCUGGCCGCGCAGAAGGGAGGACUCUGGUGCUUUGGAGGAAAUGGACUUCCAUAUGCCGAAAGCUUUGGUGAAGUUCCCUCAGCCACAGUGGAGAUGUUCUGCCUAGAAGCUAUAGUAAAGCAUUCAGAGAUCCCCUCACACUGUGACCACAUUGAAGCAGGCGGGGGCUUGCAGCUGCUGCAGAGGCUCUUCCGGCUUCACAAGGACUGCCCCACAGUCCAGAGAAGCAUCAUGAGGAUCAUUGGAAACAUGGCCUUGAACGAGCGUCUUCACCCUGCGAUUGUCCGCUCAGGCUGGGUUUCUAUGUUGGCAGACGUUUUGAAAUCCUACCACAUUAUGGAGGCUUCCCAUGCUGCCAGAGCCCUGGCGAAUCUAGACCGAGAGACUGUGUGUGAGAAAUACGAGGAUGGGGUGUAUGUACUCCAUCCCCAGUGCCGAACAAGCCAGCCCAUUAAAGCCGAUGUCCUUUUUAUCCAUGGCCUUAUGGGGGCAGCGUUUAAAACCUGGCGCCAGCACGACAGUGAGCGGGUUCUGACGGAGAGUGCUGAGGUGGAUGAGAACAGGUACACCACGUGCUGGCCCAAGACGUGGCUAGCCAAAGACUGUCCUGCGCUGCGCAUUAUAUCUGUGGAGUAUGACACCAGCCUCAGCGACUGGCGAGCAAGGUGCCCCAUGGAGAGAAAGUCCAUUGCAUUCAGAAGCAACGAACUUCUUAGCAAGCUCAGAGCUGCUGGUGUUGGGGAUAGGCCAGUGAUUUGGAUAUCACAUAGCAUGGGAGGUCUUCUUGUCAAAAAGAUGCUGUUGGAAGCCUCUAGGAACCCAGAACUGAGCACUAUUAUAAACAACACCAGAGGAAUGAUUUUUUAUAGUGUCCCACACCAUGGAUCACGUUUGGCUGAAUACUCGGUUAACAUUCGCUAUCUUCUCUUUCCUUCUUUGGAAGUCAAAGAACUCAGCAAGGAUUCUCCCGCACUCAAGGCGCUACAUGAUGACUUCGUGGAGUUUGCGAAAGACAAGAACUUCCAGGUGCUGAACUUUGUAGAAACAAAACCAACAUUUAUCGGCAGCAUGAUCAAGCUACAUAUAGUGCCCGUGGAGUCAGCAGAUUUAGGCAUUGGGGAUCUAAUUCCUGUGGAUGUCAACCAUCUGGACAUUUGCAAGCCGAAGACAAAGGAUGCUUUUUUUGUAUCAACGUACUCUACGGUUCAUCUGUGAAACUUUAGCCAGAGACCUUAAAAACUGACAACCGCCUUCUUCCAUCCUUGGCGUGAAUACAGUGCAAGAACCAUGGCCUUCUCCUUGUUGAGCUCCGUGCGGUUCUGCGCAGUCACGGUGGCAGCCUGGUUUGCAAGUGUGGUGCAGACGGCAGGACGCUGCUCUUCAUUCGAAGUGCUGCAUGGACCUGGAGGUCACAGGGGAAGCACGAAAUUGUUUCUCUGUCCAAAAGAAACUCCGCCACUGGGCUUGGAGCUGAGGGACAGAGUUACGUUGGCCAGAGUGCCUGUCCGCAUGAGACUGUCCCAGCUCAUCCCAAGAGCCCUGACAGGCGACUCAGCGUACCAUGAAAAUGCCAUUUGGAGAGAACAAACUAGAACUUAGAGGCCGUGUUUGUCAUGGGUGCCAUGUGCUGUAAUGUUCUAGUGCCAGUUUUUAACUGUUAAUAUGCCCGUUACAUAUUUGACACUUCCUCACUGGUUCUCACACGCCCGGUUGUAUGCAUGGGUCAGUCUUGUGUACUUCUAUUUUUUCAUAUUACUGAGAAAUCAAUUUUUUUCUAAAUAUGCUUUCUAGGACAUUUUCACUAUUUGUGCAGUAAUGUGCUCUGGGCACUGAUAAAGUAAGGAUCAGCAUAUGAAGAAAACUCUGUGGAGCUGUCAGACAUGCUAACCGUGUGGCAGCAAUGCGCUCUCAUUCUCUGCAUAGUGCACAGCUGUUCUGUGUCCCUUAGAGACACUUCAAGCACGGACUAGGAAGUCAUGCUGACGGACUUCUUUUGUGUUUGAGCAUUACUGACAUGAAAUUCUUUUUCUUUUCUUUUGUGAUACUAAGGGAUCAACCCUGGACUUUGUGCAUGCUAGCCAAGUACUCUGUCACUAAGCUACAUCCCAGCCCCCGAUUUUUACUGAGGUGUUCAGAGUUACCAGCUGUCUCCACGGUCCAUUUCAGACUCUUUAUCAUCCUCAAAGCUCUCUGAGCAGCAGCUGGUUUCCCCUUCCUCUGUCCCACGCCCCCUGGUGAACACUAAUGCACUUACCAUCUUUGUGGCUUUACCUGAUGGUCAUUCAUAAAGUUGAUGGUUCAGCCUGGUUGCUCUUAGCAUAAUGGUUCCACCCGCCAUUGGUCCUUUCCUGUCUCUCUGCUUCCUCCCUGCCACGAGGUGAGCGGUUUUGCUGAUCCUACCGUUCUGCCCUGAUGCCCAUUGACUGAAACCAUGAGCCAGAGCAACUCUUUCCUCCUUGAGCUCUGCUGCCCAGGUAUUUGUUGUAGCAGUGAAGGUGAAUACAGUAGUGCUUUAAAAGUGA